CGGGACGAUUUCUCGUCGGUGGAACCCGGAAGGUGCCGCGCGAGGAAGGAUAGGUUCGGUAGGAAUCACAUUGAGAGAUAGAGAUCGAGAGCGCGAUCGUGAGUCACGCGACUACAUCGGCCGACGACAGAACGACGAGGGUACCUGGUUUCUCGCCCUCCCAUCUCCGCCCCUCUCCGUCUCUCUCUUUUCCGUUUGUUUAUCUAUCGAUUUCACUCGUGUAUCAGAAGGCGCCGGUGCUACCGGACGCCCGGUGUGGCUCGUGCUCCAAUAGGAAGUGGCCUUGCCCACGUCAAAUACGCCGGCUCGCGGCACGAAUCGAGGCUUGAUUCGUUUUGACGUUUGAUAGCUCCGAGUUUGAGGCUCGAAUCCGCGUGUCCGAGGAACGGGAAAACAGGACGAUUACGACGACGACAAGGGUCGACGCGGCGCCGCAACGUCGUUCGCAAGACGAGUCUGGAAAAUUGGCGAAAGGUGUAACUCCAGUCUACAAUAGAAUUGCUAAGCGAGUCGAGCUGAAACGCAUUAAAAAUGAAUAAGGUGGAUUACAUGGAGGUGACCCUCCCGAAUUACUCGUACAUUUUUAAGUUUGAGGAGACGUUCAUCCAUCAUGAAACCAAGCAGUGGAUGAUGAAGAAUUGGACGAACGGUUUCUAUUACUGUGGAUUGUAUAUGAUCUUAAUAUUCGGCGGACAACACUACAUGGCCAGCAGGCCCAGAUUCGAACUCAGGGGAAUACUGUGUCUUUGGAAUACACUAUUGGCUACCUUUUCAAUUAUCGGCUUCACCAGAACGGCGCCUGAAUUAAUACAUGUGCUCAGGCAUCACGGAUUACACCACAGCAUUUGUAUACCAAGUUUCAUCGAACAAGAUUGCGUGUCGGGCUUUUGGACGUGGAUGUUCGUGCUGUCGAAACUGCCCGAGCUUGGCGACACGAUUUUCAUCGUGCUGCGCAAACAGCCACUGAUUUUUCUGCACUGGUAUCAUCAUAUCACUGUCUUGCUGUAUUCCUGGUUCUCCUAUUCGGAGUAUACCGCGUCCGCGCGAUGGUUCGUCGUGAUGAACUAUUGCGUGCACUCGAUCAUGUACAGCUACUACGCACUCAAGGCAAUGCGAUACAGGCCACCUAAAGCGAUCUCCAUGGUAAUCACCGCACUGCAACUCACUCAAAUGGUGAUCGGUUGCACUAUCAAUAUAUACGCCUACCAAUACCUGGAGAGCAACGUGGACUGCCACAUUACUCGCAGAAAUAUCCGCUUUAGCUUUGCGAUGUAUUUGAGCUACUUUGUCCUAUUCGCGCGAUUCUUCCAUAAGACGUACCUGGUUGGAAAGAAGACCGAUAAGAAGGACUUUGCCAAUAGCGCACCUGGUCACAUCGGUUAUAACGACAAGCUCAAAGCCAACUAAGGCGAUACAUGGCACAUCGGGCGCCUUUUUAUCUAUCCUCAAGUCUUUUUCUCUAUAUUCCGCCGUAAUUCUUUCUCUCUAUUUCUUUCUCACGCCGCUGGUCGACGUAGCCAUACAUCCAGGAUCUAUUUAUGCUAAGAUAUAUUAGGGUUUAUAACGGCUUCUAGAAUUCACGUGUUCAGUGGCUACUAUUGCUAAACUUAAAGUUUUAUAGACUGUGAUGCAACUUUUUAACUGUAAAAUGUAACUAUUUUCAUUUUUUUCGAUAUUUAAUAAUAUCGAUAUAUGAUAAUAUUUAAAAAUAUAUUAAUAUAUGUAUAUAUUUUUUAAAAUGUAAUAGGUAGUUUGAAAUGUAUAUUUUUUUUUAAAUUUUUUUUCGAUUUUUGAUGCAAGCAUCUUAUAUUAAUGUGUCGAUAAUAAAUUCAUUCAUUUAUUUGCAAAUAAAAUUUUUUUACGAAAAAAGGUUUUAUUUUAGGCCUCCAAAAACAUAGACCUGCCACUGUAUUGGAGUCUACAUUUCGAAAUAUAACAUUGUUUAGGACGCCGAAAUGUAAAGUUAAAUACAUAUAUAUUUAUAAAUAUAUGAUAUAGAGCCUAAAGUACACGAAACAGCUCUAAAUUUUUAGGACUUGUAAAUACAUCUUGCAAGAAUUUAGAUUAAUAGAAUUCGAAUAAUAGAAUUUCGUACAUCCUAGAAAUCUUCGAAGCUUAAAUCCGCGAAUCCUAGGAAUCAUAUUUCUUAAACUCUAAAUUCUAGGAGCCGUACGUCCUAAAAAAUUAUAGAUCUUGGGUGCGAUGUUUCUCAGGAUCCUUAUAUCCUAAGACUCGUAAAAUUAGGGACUUGUGAAGCACAACAGAAUCUGUUAGUCCUCGAGUCCAUAGAUUUUAAGACAUAUUUAAGAUUACGUAUUUCUCAGGAUUUUCUUAUAAGAUCCUAAGAUCUACCUAUAGGAUUCAUAAAACAAUGAAUCGAUGAAUUUUCGAGUCUAUAAAACCUAGGAUUCAUAUUUGAUAUGGAAUCUUUUGAUUCUACGGUCUGUUGAUCCUAGGGUAGAUUUUUCAGGAUCCUUAGGUCGUAGGGUGCAUAGGUUCUAACCAAGGAUCCAAUUAGCCAAUUAGCGUCCGCUUAUGCGCGGAGAGCAUCCUAAAAA